CCGGACAGUUCCGCGAGUACAACUACAUCAAGACAGAGACUACAAGAACCACAACUUCUUGAAGAAGGGCAGACCACGAAACAAAAGCCGCGAAAACGCUCAAUGUUGCCGGAUCUUGCACGAAGGUUCAUAAGAUGUUCUUCGACGAGGGCUAUCUCGAAAAAAG